AGCUAUAUGUUCCUGAGCUCAGGAACCUCAACAUCCAUUCUGAAGCCAACUCAACUACCACAUGGAUGAGUUAACAUAUUCCUCCUAAAAAAGGUUUACAUUAUCUUCAUGUUUCCCUGAGAAGCAAUUUAUUUUUUAUUUUUCUUAUUUUCCUGCAAUUGUUGCUUGUUCCUCCCCUCUUCUGAAUCUGUAUGUGACUUCUCUGUUCCCUCUCAAUAUGAACUACUAAUACUAUAUAUCUUCCCUUCUGUCAGUGGGGUGUCUCCAUCCAUCCAUACUUUAGUCACCACGAAUGCGGGGAAGGCAAAUCAAAGAGUAAUACUGGGUAUGCUCCAGGCCAGUUAGGAAGCUUCACAUUGUAUGAAUGUAGAGACCUAACUGCUUAUGCCUUCGUUAACCACAGCUAUGACAGACCCCAACAAGAUGAUCAUCAACUUGGUCCUCUUUGGCAUGACUCAGAGUGGAAAAAAUUCUGCUGGAAACAUUCUGCUGGGAAGCAAUGACUUCCACAGUAGCUUUGCUCCAUGUUCUGUUACCAAAGAUUAUAGCCUGGGCCACAGUUGUCACCUCCACAGCUUCAUGCACCGAGGGGGUCAUGAGACAACCCUUCAGGUCCAGGUUUUGGACACUCCAGGCUAUCCACACAGCCACCUGAGCAAGAAACAUGUGAAAAAGCAGGUCAAGAAAGCCCUGGCACAUCACUUUGGGCAAGAUGGUCUCCACCUCACACUGCUGGUGCAGAGAGCAGACAUGCCUCUCUGUGGACGGGAAGCAUCGUCCCCAAUCCAGAUGAUCCACGAACUUCUGGGACAUGCUUGGACGAAUUAUACUGCCAUUCUUUUCACCCAUGCAGAAAAAAGAGAAGAAUCUGGGCUCAAUGAAGAAGAAUACAUCCAGAAGGCCUCUGAUAUACUGUUAACCCUAGUAAAUUCUAUUCAUCGCAGAUGUGUUUUCCAGUAUAAAAAAGAAAGCUCACUUAAUGAACAAAGAAUACUAAUUUUAGAAAGAAUCAUGGAAUUUAUAAAAGAAAACUGUUACCAAGUUCUCACCUUUAAAUAA